ACGGUCGCCGCCCGUAUGGAAGUUAAAGCGUCCCAACUCCCCCGACCGUUCAUCACCCGCGCACGCUCGGAGCGGCGACAUGGCUCCACCGCGCCCCAGCCUAUCCUCUUCCCUGACACAGUCAUCAGUCACAUCAGUCGCACGGUCCUCGAUUGACGCGCCAGGCCUCUCACGCAAGCUCACCUUCGGCUCUGUGCGCGCCACCUCGCCGUCGCACUUUUCCGCGUCGUCGCCGUCGCUGUGGUCGCUCCCCAUCGACGCGUCCCACAUGUACGACCCGCCGGAGUCGACGAAGGUCAUCGCGCAGGACAAGGAGAAGGCCGGCACCGUGCGGAUCCCGCUGUCGCUGAAGGCCUCCGGGAACGGCACGGGCCUCGGCGCCGUCGCCGGUGUGCUCAGCAGCCCCAAGGCUAAGAAGAAGCGGAAGCUGAUCAUCGGUGGGAUACAUCCACAAGAUGAGCGCCGCUUCGAGGCGGCCAGAAGGUGGUGCGAGAGGUUCGGCGAAGUCAGCUCGUUUGCGCGCGUACCGAACGGGGACAUCUACGUUGAUUUCCGGAAGGCAGAGGUUGCUGAGACGGUCUGUCGCGUAAAAGCGAGGGUCUACAUCGACAACGUUGGCAGUGUCUGCCUCUCCUACUUUACAGGCAAGAGACCUUGACUUGUGAACCCACUACCACUGUAUCGAACACACUACCUCAUUCUUGGUUCUUGGUUCUUGUUCGCGUAAUCUAGUACAUUUCUACGUCCAUUUCACGCCCACUCUCACGUCCAUAUACAUGCCCUAUGAUGAUCAUCUACACCUAUG